GGCGAGGCGGAGGCGGAGCUUGGCCGCCUCACCGUCUGACGCCAUCCCCUUGGGUCGGCAAGACGGCGGCAACGUGCUCGCCUCACCUCGACGCUCAGCAGUCUCAACGAGGCUGUGAUCUCAAUCGACAGGAGUAAUUGAGGGCCAAGGCGACCAUCGGCGUUCAUUCUAGCGUGCGUUAAGAGCGGAAAGGAGCAGCUGAUCCUUUCAUCGCUACCAAGGCUCCAGACGGGCGCGACCAUGGCUUGCUCUUCUGAGCAUGCCGUUGCCCUGACUUCUAUCUCAACAUCUCUUUGAGCUGGCAGAGGCAAACUCAUACCAUGAGGCCCGCCAAGUCUAUACUCCUUCUGGCAGCGACGCUAGGAGCAGCGUUGGCUCAAACAUCGGCGGCUCCCUCCAGCGCGGCCCCCUCGACUCUCGCCGAUGCACCCCUCCUCCUCUCUUGGACGCCGCCUCUCAGCACUCGCGGCCGCUACGUCGUCGAUGCCAUUGGUAAGCGCUUCCACCUGCGCAGUGGCAACCUACACGGCGCAUCAGGCACCUAUCUUGGCCGCGGCGACUACGACGAUGCUGCCAACCAUCACGCGGGCGAGGUGGCCUAUCAAACCAUUCUCUGCUUGGAUCGCAAGCCUCUCGACGACCUGGUAGACGACAUCAUCGCGCUUGGCGUCAAUUCGAUAAGACUGCCUUUCUCGAAUGAGAUGAUUCACGCCGAGGCAUACGUGCCUGAUAAGGCGCUUGGGGCAAACCCGCAGCUACGGAACAAGACGCCGCUGGAGGUAUUCGAUGAGGUGAUCAAGGCAUUGACGAAGAAAGGGCUGGCUGUGAUCCUCAACAACCACACGGUCAAGAGUCUAUGGUGCUGCGGGCUGGAUCAGAAUGCCAGGUGGAACGAUGCUCAAUCUACUGAGCUCUGGAUCCGGGAUUGGGUGUACAUCGUCAGCCGCUACGCCAACAAUUCCCGCGUCGUUGGCACAGCGCUGUACAACGAGGUACGUCGCGACCUCUUCACCGACCCGAUCUGGGGUGGAGGAGGUGACCCUGAUUGGUACACGGCCUCGAUGAUGGCUGCAUCACGCAUCCAACGCGAGGCAAGCCGCGACGUCUUGAUCGUAAUCGAGGGCAUCAAUUGGGUUGGCGUCCCCAUCCCUUCGCUGCCUCACUACCGGCCCGAGCUUGAUCCUGUCCGACAUCUCUCACACGCGCUGCCCUACCCCGACAAGCUCGUGUACAGCUCGCACUUCUAUGCCUAUACCGGCCCAAAUGCUACAGGUGCAGGUGGUGGCUUUGGGUCUACAAAUGAUCCGACUUAUGGCGACCUGAGCACGGAGAAGCUUCGCAGCACGUUCAACGCCCUGGCGGGCUACGUAGCCACCGCCGUAGACGCCGUUCAGCAACAUUACACGGCGCCGGUUUGGAUUUCUGAAUUUGGUGUCGGCGGACGCAACGAUUUCUCUGCGGUAGAUCGACGCUGGUGGGCCAACUUUACGCAAAUCCUCAGGGACGGCGAUCUGGACUUUGCUGUUUGGCCGCUGCUGGGGUGGCAAGAGAAUGGUCAAGGUGACUUGUGGGCGUUGAACGCCUACGACUCGCAAGGAGCCAAGCUUUCGAUUCUCGACUCGGGAGACUGGAGGCUCAGCGGAUGGCGCAAUCUCACAAAUGACUCGACGUACAGCCGCAACGAUGCGGUGGAGCCGGUGGAAGUCUGGAGAAUGCUGGCGCCUGAUUGGGGAUCACAGCAACAGAGUAAUUGGCUUCUCACCCACAACCCAUCUCAGUCUGGCUCGAACAAGGCUUCGUGCCCGGACGGUCUGCGCUUACAGGGCUUGAGCCAUACGCCGAACCCGCGUGGACUCUGCACCGACGUCCACUUCGGUCGCAACCUCUGGGAUGCCACGAACGACCUGACCGUAGUGCAGUCGCAGCAACAUGUCUCCAAGGACUGGGCGCGCGGCUAUACGAAAUUUGAGUGCCCCUCGCGCUCCUUUCUCGUAGGCUACUCGUACUCUGCUCCGAUGAGCAAGUCCGCCGUCUGCGCGCCAAUAGUCAGCGAGGCGCCGACGACCAAUGCUACCCUGGCCAUGCGGCGCACUGUGUGGUUCGACGGAGGUAGCAACGCUGCGGCAACGGUUCAUGGUGACUUUGCAGGACCAGGUACCAGCGCAGGAGCCUGCGAUGAGGGGGAACUUGCCGUGGGCUAUGCGUUCACCAACAAGGGCAAGGUGGGUGGACCUCCCGCUGCGCUACUGUGCGAGAGCUACGAUGGGAAGCAGAGGGAGGGAGGCCAAGCAUCAGGAGCAGCCAGCAGAGGCAUUGCGCUGCUCUUGUCUUUCAUUGCAAUGGCGGUGACUUCACUCAUGCUCAGGGCGUGAGUGAGGCGUGGAAAUGCAUCGACUUUUAGCGUGUAGAGAGUGUGUAGCGAGCGCGUAGCGAGCGUGUGGCCAUCA